AUGGCGGAACAUAGCGCGCCUCGUCCAGGCGAGAAAUUUCAAUUUAUCUGCAUACAGAAUCCAGAUGAUGCCAAGAACCGUGCGACGAGGCGACUCGCGCGGUCGCAUGCUAUAGCGCGGGGCCUUGAGAAGAAGAGGCGGCGCCUGCAACAAGCAGGCCGUAACUUUCGCACAGUAUCCUUGAAAGAUGAAACCGGCAGUAAAAGCGAAGAGAUCGUUCAUAAAAAAGAUGUGUCACCCGUUUUGCUGUCGAUAGCUGCCCCUGGUCCAUUCCAAUUGCUGGCCGCCGAGUCGCCGAGUUUGCAGGCAUUAAUCAGUCAGCACAGUAGUGAACGUGCUACAGAACCAAUACUUAGUGUCUCAGACGAACUCGUGCUCCAGAACUUUCAGUCGGUUCUUCGAAAGGGACUCGAUGACCGCGCUUUAUUGUAUGCGGUCAUGUUAACAUACACCUCAGCAGUUGCUUCAAGCAGCUAUAAUGACGAGCAUUUCAUAUAUCGGACAGAGACAUUGAGUUCUCUUCGUCAAAGUCUGAGAUCUUCGGAUGAAGCUACGUCCGAACCAACACUGGGGGCCAUCCUGCUACUCGCUGGUAUUGAGGCCCGACUUGGCAUGCCGCGUUCAGUGCAGCUUCACCUCGGAGCAAUACAACAGCUUCUCGACGUCUGUCAAAGAAAAGGUAUAUAUCUGGGUGACGCCAUCAAACGCGCCAUCUUCUGGCAAGAUUUAAAUUGCUCCGUCAUGACAGGAUCAACUCGAAUCGUCGACCACACAACAUUCUCCGAGCUCAAAUGGACCAGAUAUCCUCUCUCCUCGAAUCUCUUUGUCCUCCCUCCAGGCUUCAAAUCUCUGGCCCCCUCAUUGGGUGAACAGUUCAUCGAAAUCCUCGAGGAUGUUCAUGCAUUACAAUGUAUCCGAGACAAUGUGUGGGGCGCAAAGGAGAAUGUCAUAUCGAUGGCAUAUAUCGAUAACCACCAGGCAAAUAUUCAGUCGAGACUAGUAGAAGGUUUAUCUGGUCAUUCGUCUUUCUCGGAGUGCUGUCAUUUGGCUCUAUAUCUAUGUUCGAGUAUGUUACGCUGCAAGAUCUGGCGUAACUCAGUCAUCCCUUCACAUCUUUCGCUACAACUACUCCACAAACUACAACAAUUGAAUGAUGACUCAAUCUGGGACGAAUAUCCCGGCCUAUCAGCAUGGAUGCUUUAUAUCGGAGGUGCCUUUGCGCCUGUUGGGCCUAUACAAUCAGAUUACAUGACACUGCUGCAUGAAAACCGUAAAUCUAGACUCAAAGACCUGGAUACAUCGUGGCCAGAGCUGCUGGAGAUUUUGAAGCAGUUCAUCUGGUCCGAAAGGGCCUUCGCGUCACAAGUUGAGGCUUUUUGGAGAGAGACGUCAACUUAA